AUGUCGUCGCUUGUCUCUGAUAUGUUGUCUGUUUUUGACGAGCGACUUGAAAUCUUGCACUCUGAAUCGAUGCAGCAGAUCCAUAAGGUGAGCGCUGCAUCCAAGUUUGUGGCUCAAUCGCGACGAAUACGGCAGAGCGAGGAACUGAGGGAUCAAUCCCAUUACAGGGUUACCCGUUCCUAUGCUACAGCAAAUGGCUGCUUAUGUAAUUGUGAAGCUGCCAGGUCUAUCUGCAAUCACUCUAGCGCCAAUGGUUGCGCUAUAUCAGCCAACAAUAGUGCACUGGGUCCUGAAUCUAUAUUGAAUGGCAAGCAUCUUGGUGCGGCAAGACAUUCCACUGCUUUGUCUUGUUGUCCACAGCCAGAAGGUGGCUGGACUCCAUCAAAUCAGCCAUGUCUAUUUACAUCAUGUUUACAAAUCGCUAUUACUUUGCCCGGUCACUAUCGCAAGCCUAGAACCCUUGGCGCUCUACGUAAAUCAAUUCCGGCAAAAACGUCUUUCUAUUCUCAAUAG